AUGGCUCGUACUUCUCCUUAUAAGGAACCUUCUCUCCAUGGAAAAAUUGAGAAAUUCGAUGGGGAACAGUUCUGUCGAUGGCAGAAGAAGAUGCGUUUUCUUCUUACUACUCUCAAGGUGGGGUAUGUGAUUAGUACCCCAUGUCCGGAAGGUAACUUGGAGGAGGAAGGGGUCGACAAUGAGGAAUUGAAGAAGCGACUUCGUAAAAUGAAGAAGUGGGAGAACGACAACUACCUUUGCGUAGGACACAUACUCAAUGGUUUGUCAAACACCCUAUUUGACAUUUACGAAAUGUAUGCCAAUGCCUCGGAGCUUUGA